AGUAUCAUGGCGGGGAUUUCAACUGAUAACUUACAAACCAGCGCACUUCCCGUAGAAGUUCCGCUGUCGGCGGCUGUCGAAACGUUGCCUGUACCUGUAACUGUAGCUGAUUUGGAGCACUAUGCAGGCAUUGAUGAGAAGUUUUCGCAUGGGGAUUAUCAUUUUAGCACAGUUCUGACCGUUGGAAUUGUUACAGCCGUAAUCAUCAGGGAAAAUUUGACCAUUCACGUUUUGGCGGAUCCGGAAAACAUGGAUAAAGAAUUUGAAGUGUUUACAUACACUUCAGUUCCCGAGGGCGCGAAUGUGGAGUGUGGUCGAGUCAUUUUUGCAAAAGGAGUGAAAUUGUUUGUUGUCGGCUUGCUGCGUUGUAUUGAUCGCAAAUGUGGUGUGUUGUCAUUUAUUGCCCGAGAAAUAUGCGAUAUCAUGGAAUAUGAAGUGUUCAUUCAUGAAGCCAAAAUCGCACAACUGUAUUUUUGUAAAAAUGUACCGUUAAUAUUGCGUUCUGGCGGGUUUAAGCCGGGAUGUUGGGGUGCUGCUGGUCCUCCCGCUGAUUUCGUAUUAAUGUCUCGUGUCGCUGCUUCACCGGCGUAUGGCACUCUCGCGUUUUAUGCGCCAGAAGCAUCCAAUGUUCUUAAAGACCAUGGAACAACGCCGCGUAAGAAAAUCAUUGAUCUCUUUCAAUCGGAGGAAUGCAACCACGAUGUUUCUGUUGGUUUAUCUGAAGAAUUCAUUCAGGAGGCACUAAAAGGCACUAGCAAGGAUGUAUUGCGUCAUGAAUUGAAUGUCUUGGUCAGUGAGGGGCACCUUUACCAUACGAUAGAUGAUAAACAUUUUGCUUGUCUGAGCCGUUAGUAAUUGUGUUACUGAAUGCUCUUAAGCUUUUGCUAAACAAUGAUGUAAAAUUGAGGAUGUGCAUUAUUGCAUAUUUCAUAGUUCUUUUCAGUGAUAUUUUGUUUUUAUUUUUGUUUUUUAUCGCUGAUGUACUUUAAACGAUGUUUGGUGGUUGU